CGGAACGCUCGUGACAGACAGGAUCAUCUGUUUGCCGAAUUUGCUGUCAAAAUUGACAAGUAUUACACCGCGUUUCUCGACCCUCGUAUCGGUUUGUUGUGAUAUCUUGUUUUGUAUCAGUAUUAUUACAUAAAAGGAAUAAUGUCUGACGGCAGAGACGGAGAUAAGAAGAUCCGCAGUCACCAGAGAACUCCUUCAGGGUCCCGUGACUUCAAGGAGGCUACCAAGCGAGAUGCCCUCACACGGCUGGAGGUCGAACUGGAGAGACUCCUGGCCUCAGUCCACGAGACGAGGCGUCCACAUGUCGAGAAGGAGUUCAGAGGGUUCAAGAACCUCUUCAGCAGAUUCUUGGCUGAACAGGGCCCUUCAGUGACAUGGGAGAAGAUUGAGAAGCUGCCAGAGGGCGCUGUCAUCGACUAUUCGUCACUGACAACGCCCACAACGGACAAUGUCCACCACAUGCUGGACAAGCUGGUGGUCGUGAAGCUCAAUGGUGGUCUCGGUACUUCUAUGGGAUGCAAAGGACCCAAGUCCGUCAUUCAAGUCAGAAAUGAUUUGACCUUUUUGGAUCUUACUGUACAACAGAUUGAGCAUCUGAACAAAACCUACAAAUGCAAUGUGCCCCUAGUCCUCAUGAACUCGUUCAACACUGACGAGGACACGCAGAAGGUGAUCCGCAAAUACCAGGGUCUGAAGCUGGAGAUCCACACCUUCAACCAGUCCUGCCACCCUCGUGUGAACAGGGAGUCCCUGCUGCCUGUCCCGAGGCAUGCUGACGUACAUGCUGAUAUUGAGUCAUGGUACCCCCCUGGUCACGGUGACUUCUACGAGUCCUUCUACAACUCUGGUCUUCUGCAGAAGUUCAUCAAGGAAGGAAGGACCUACUGCUUCAUUAGUAACAUUGACAACUUAGGCGCUACAGUGGACCUCAACAUCCUGAACUUACUCCUCAACCCAGACCCUUCGAAACCCAUCUCAGAGUUCGUUAUGGAGGUGACGGAUAAAACCAGGGCUGAUGUCAAGGGAGGUACCCUGAUCCAAUACGAGGACAAACUAAGGCUUUUGGAGAUAGCUCAAGUGCCAAAGGAACACGUAGAUGACUUCAAAUCCGUCAGUCAGUUCAAAUUCUUCAACACAAAUAACUUAUGGGCGAAAUUGGACGCCAUCCAGAGGGUGGUAGAGCAAGGGUCUCUUAACAUGGAAAUUAUUGUGAACAAUAAGCAUUUGGCUGACGGUCUGAACGUCAUCCAGUUGGAGACGGCCGUAGGAGCUGCAAUGAAGUGCUUCGAGGGAGGUAUCGGAGUCAACGUGCCAAGGUCACGCUUCUUGCCCGUCAAGAAGACCUCUGACCUUUUACUAGUGAUGUCCAACUUGUACAGCCUGUCACACGGGUCGCUAGUGAUGUCCCCACAGCGGAUGUUCCCGUCUACUCCUUUAGUGAAGUUGGGUGACAACCACUUUGCGAAAGUUAAGGAAUUCCUGAAUAGAUUUGCCACGAUACCUGAUCUGAUCGAGUUGGACCAUCUGACAGUGUCUGGUGACGUCACGUUCGGCAGAGGAGUCUCUUUAAAGGGCACAGUCAUCAUCAUAGCGAACCACGGUGAUCGUAUCGACAUCCCAUCUGGAGCGGUUCUAGAAAAUAAGAUCGUGUCAGGAAACCUUCGUAUCCUGGACCAUUAAGGGUGCAAUCAGGUACCGACCAUCAUACCAUGAGUACAUCACAAUACCUUGAGCUAGUUCAGCUAAGUUCCACGUUGAGGAAAAAGGAUAGCGCUAUCUGCCCUAUACAAUCACUUCACAAGGUAACUAUCGUGAGAAUACCAAAUAUAUUGAAAAUAAAGACUGAGCCACGUGGAUCAACUGA